AUGUCAGUGAUGGAAUUCGGAUAUGAUCCUCAUUCAAUUAAAGGUCCAGGGUAUUGGAACAUGAAAUGGCCUUCUUGCGGAUUUUCAAGACAAUCUCCAAUCGAUAUAAAUACAACGUAUGUUACCUAUGGGAGACCUUAUGAAAUCCGUUAUAAUCAGGAAAACCAAGACCUUCCUGGAAACCUCAUUAAUAACGGUCAUACAACAGCAUUUUACUUUGAGGAGAAAGCGAGAUACUUAUAUGGAGUACCUGGAUCACCGAAAGACAAAUUCCUCCUGAACGAACUACACUUCCACUUUGGAAAUGACAGAAUACACGGUUCUGAACACUCCAUAAAUGGACAAUUUUUCCCUAUUGAGGUGCAUAUGGUCCACUACAAUUCUAAAUAUAGACAGCCUAGAAUAGCUUCCAUGAUGCCAGAUGGGAUUAUAGCUGUUUCUGUCUUUCUUCGGAUACGAUCUGGACCUCCAAACCAUGUUGAUACAUUCAUAAAGACCAACAUACCUCGUGUCAAAGAUCCAAAAGGUAAAGCUGUCAAAGCCGAUUUGAAUCCAUCCUUGCUAUUGCCUUUUAAACGUGACUUCUAUACGUACCGAGGAUCAGUGUCUGUUCCGCCAUGCAAGAAUAAUAUACGCUGGAUAAUCAUGAAAGAAACACGUGACAUCUCUAUCCUUGCAUACAGAGCUUUUCUGACAUUGAAGACGAAGGAAGGAGAAAUAAUAUCAAAAUAUGGAAACUUCCGUCCAAUCCAAGAUUCCUCAUGUAAUAGACUUGUAGAGGCCAAUUUUAUGUACUAAAACUCUACCUCAAUUUGAAACAUUGUUAAAGAUUGCCGUUUAUUAACGCCAGACUUCCUCAAAAUCACUGUU